AUGCUGCGCCCCGCAACACGAUCAGAGAGAAAAGGCUUGCUAACACUGGAUGAACGAGAAUCACAUGGAGGAGAAGAAGAAGGAUGGGAAGAUGUAUUAUCAGAGAAACACAAGAAGGGUGCGAGCCAUGAGUGGAGUUCAUGCCUGCAAGUUACCAUCGUUUCCUUUUACAUUGUAGCAUGGGUAGCCAAUGGAGCACUGAUGCAAGGCGUGACUGCCGGGUUUGCUGGUGAUUCUUCGUCAUACAACAAACCAGCGGCCUUAAGUUGGUUUUCUUACAACUUUAUGAUGAUUAGUGGAUAUGUGGUUUCAGAAGUGAAACGUCACGGAUCAUUGUUCGGCAGUAGUAAGCGAGACCAGGACAUGUUGAUGAUGGACAGUGAGCAAAGCCUGUGGAACUAUAUUUGCGAGGACUGGGCAGGAAAACUUGGAAUCCAUCGAGCGCUACUGUAUUGCUGUUUGAUUGCCCACAUGCUCCUGUGCUUGAAUGUCUUUACGGUCAUGGGCUUGGGAUGCAUUUCCAUCAGUCUUUCGAAUGCAGUGUAUCAACUGCAAACACCCAUCACUCUUGCCUUUUCGGUCGGUUGUCUACAGCAGAAACGUCAAUGGGUGCCAGCUGAAAUCAUUGGACUUUUAAUUUCGAUCACUGGAAUUCUGGCCAUUGUUCUGCCACCGGUCCUGAAACCUGACGAUGAAGGAAGCGAUGAAUCAUCAUCAUUGGCAUUCCGUUCCUCGCAAUGUUUUGUUUCCUCAUCCAAUUCCACUUCGACAUCUCCAGCAACAGCUGGUGUCCUCAUUACCGUUGCUUCCGCAAUCAUUGGUGGUGCAUAUUUGGUAUUUUGGGAUAUCUUUUCAGAGCACAAAGAUCUCUUUCGCCCAACUUCACGUGCCACGGAAUUCUUGGAUACCCACAUUACCUUGGCAGCCAUUGGAUUCUGCAAUUUGGUAGCUGGAUGGCCAACCUUGAUAGCCUUGCACUGGAUGGGAUUGGAAUCCUUUGAACUGCCAUCUACAGCCCAAACAUGGGGACUUUUGAUAUUGAACGGAUUGGUGGAAUAUACCUUUGACGCAUCAUGUGCUAUGGCCAUUUAUGCCACUUCGCCCAUUACAGUUGCAGUGGUGGCACCACUGACCAUACCUCUUUCUAUGUUGGUAGAUGAAUACUUCUAUGGUGUCUCAAUGGUCACCACCGAACAUCCAUGGCUGACAUGGCUCGGUGCACUAUCUAUUCUUUGUGGCACCACACUGCUUGAAGUCAAACCUAGGUUGUCAUGCCGACAAUUGUCCUCCAGAAACAACAGAGAUAGAUCCGAUAGAGAGAAUCAAAUAGAGUUCAUAUAG